AUGCUGCUUUUUCAACAAUUCUUUCAGCAUUCAGUUUUAUGUAGAGAUAUUGCGAAAGAUCAACAAAAUCGGAGUCUGUACAUCGAUCAACCAUCGCUACAAGGAUUGUGUUAUCUAUCUAUCUAUCUAUCUAUCUAUCUAUCUAUCUAUCUAUCUAUCUAUCGCAGCCUUUUCAUAUCUAUCUAUCUAUCUAUCUAUCUAUCUAUCUAUCUAUCUAUCUAUCGCAGCCUUUUCAUAUCUAUCUAUUUACACUGGCCCAGAAAGAAAAACAGCAUUCCGUAUAUUUGCCCUUCUUUAAGUUUUAUUUUAUUUCUUUUUCUUUAUUUCUUUCUUACUACUAUUUUUUUUUUCUUUAUCAUUUCACAAUUUUUUUUUAUAUUCCUUUUCAAUGUUCUUCCAUUUUACUCGGUUGAUUUUCUUCCUUUUCAAUUUUCUUUCAUCUCAUUCUUAUUUCAUCGAUUUUUUUCUCUUUUUUCUUUCUUUCUUUAUACUCAUUUUUCUCUUUCUUCUUUUCCUUUUUCUUCAUGUGCUUAUUUUUUAUCUUUCUUCCCAUUGUUUUCUUUUUACUCAGUUGUCUUCUUUCCUUUUCAAUUUUCCUUUUUUCUUUUGAAUUUUGUUUAUCCUCGAAAUUCUUUCCUUUCUUUCUUUUUUACGUACGCACCUAUCUCUUCCAUUUUACCGAUUCAUCCUACACAUCAACUCCCUUCGACAUAA